AUGUACACAGAUGAUCCCCAGUCGCUUGAAGACUACCUCGCGUUUUGGGAGGAGGCCUCGAGGAUCGCCUCGGGAUUCUAUUUUAUACGAAAGGGUCAGAUGGCAGCCACGAUGAUGUCCAAUGAGCCCCGCUCUAGGUCUCCACCCUUGGACACCCACUACCACCACCACAACGACAAGGUUGACGUCAAAUAUAAUACCAAGAAGAACAGGAGCAAGAGCAAGAAUAACAACACAGCACCACUACCACCACCACCCGACGAAACCUCUUCCAUCGCCCACCACUGUACAUCUCCACAUCACAACUACAACGCCAUCUCCCUCUCCUCCCCUGCACCACCCGCAACAACGUCGUCCCCAUCGUCGCCGCCGCAGAUCCACGGAGCCACAGCACCGGAUGAAGGUACGGCAGGACAUCUCGCGCCCGCAACAGUACACCGUGAUGUAAACAAACCAGGGGGGGGAGAAGGAGAAGGAGGAGGUAUCAGUGAAUCUGAAAGACCGACCAGCGCAGAGCGUGAAGCCGCCAUUGUCGAGCGCGCAGAGUCGGGAUGGUGGCGGCAAUUCUGGGAAAAGUAUGGAAGUGUAGAGUUGGAGAAUAAGGGGAGUGUGGCCAGGGAUCAUUUGGCGCUUGAACGCACCUUCCUAGCCUGGCUCCGCACCUCCCUCUCCUUCGCCUCAAUCGGCAUAGCAAUCACCCAACUCUUCCGCCUAAACACCUCUCUCUCGCCCCCGUCCUCCUCUCCAAACAGCCCGGCAACCUCGUCCACCUCCUCCCACCACAUCAACACCCGCCUCCGCUACCUCGGAAAACCCCUCGGCGCAACCUUUAUAGCCAUUAGCAUCGUCAUGCUCGCCAUUGGCUUCCACAGAUACUUUGAGGCGCAGCAUUAUGUCAUUAGGGGCAAGUUUCCGGCCAGUCGUGGGAGUAUCGUGGUGGUGAGUGUGAUUAGUGGAACGUUGAUAUUGACUAGCUUGGUUGUGAUUUUGGUGGCUGGGGCGGGGGCGUGGGAGAAGUGA